CAGCAGCCCCCGGCGGCAGGCGGCCCUGGCGCUGAGGGGCAGGAACCGAGAAAUGCUGAAAUUUCAAGAAACUGCUAAGCAUGUCAGUGUUGCCAGAUUGAAUUCUGCUCACUCAGGCGCUGUGAUUGCUAGAAGAUACACUAUUCAGAGGAAACUUGGCAAUGGAAGCUUUGGAAGUGUGUAUCUGGUUUCUGACAGAAGAGCAAAACAAGGAGAAGAAUUAAAGGUUCUAAAGGCAAUCUCUGUUGGAGACUUAAAGCCUAAUGAAACAGUUGAAGCAAAUCUGGAAGCACAGCUACUCUCCAAAUUAGACCAUCCAGCCAUUGUCAGGUUUUAUGCAAGCUUUGUGGAGCAAGAUGGUUUCUGCAUUAUCACUGAAUACUGUGAGGGUGGAGAUCUAGACUUCAAAAUCCAAGAGUACAAAGAAUCUGGGAAGAUAUUCGCUCAAAGGCAAAUAUUAGAGUGGUUUAUACAGUUGUUACUCGGAGUCAACUAUAUGCAUGAAAGGCGGAUACUUCACAGAGAUUUGAAAGCCAAGAAUAUAUUUUUGAAGAAUAACCUGCUUAAAAUUGGGGACUUUGGAGUUUCUCGUCUUUUGAUGGGUUCAUGUGAUCUGGCAACUACAUUUACUGGGACACCAUACUACAUGAGCCCAGAAGCACUGAAGCACCAGGGAUAUAACACAAAAUCUGACAUUUGGUCUCUGGGGUGCAUUUUGUAUGAGAUGUGCUGUCUGAACCAUGCCUUCUCUGGACACAACUUUUUGUCUGUGGUGUUAAAGAUUGUAGAGGGUGAUACCCCUUCUCUUCCUGAGAGAUACCCAAGCAAGCUGAAUGCUGUGCUAUGCAGCAUGUUAAAUAAGGACCCUUCUUCGAGACCAACAGCAGCUGGGAUCCUUCAAAUCCCCUUUAUUGAUGAACAGCUAAAGAGUAUGCAGUGCAAGUUCACAAACAUGACUGUGAAAAACAAGGCACUUGACUGGCAGAAAGAGGCUGCUCCCAUUUUUGAUGCUGUGCAGAGGAAAGUUCAUCUGCAAACUCUGCAGGAUCUGUCUGAAGUACAGAAGAUGACACCGCGGGAACGCAUGAGGCUGAGGAAGUUAAAUGCUGCUGAUGAGAAGGCAAAGAAGUUGAAACAGCUGGCAGAGGAAAAAUAUCAAGAAAAUAUCAAGAAAAUGCAAGAAUUCAGGUCCCGUAAUUUUCAGCAGCUGAAUGUUGAUGUCCUACGUGAAUCUGAUGGGCAGACUUCAAAACGUCCAAUUCAUUCUCAACCAGCCAUUACAUGCGACUAUGCGUUCACAGGGCAUGAUGAACCAAGUGGAAAUGGGUCAAGUCAACUAUGCGUGGCUGAAUUUGUGGACCAUGAGAUCCCGGAAGACCCAGCAGCAGCAGAAGAAUAUUACAAUGAAGAGUUUGAAUCCUGUUCAGAAAGCAGUGAAGAGGAGGAGGAUGCGGAAGCGUUACAGACUGUCUCUAAGCCAGAUCACCAGGACAGUGAUAUUGAGGCAAUGGUCAAGUAUCUGGAGAGUGUCCUGAACGGUAGCUCAUUGGGCUCGGGGACUGUCACCGGAGUGUCUCCAGUGGUGCCCCAGGGAUCCAGAGCUCUCAACAGCACUAUGGCUGAGACCAAACUGAAACGCAUGAGGGAAUCUGCCAUUGGGAAGCUGGGAGCAGAGGUGUUUGAAGCCGUGUACAGCUAUCUCAAGCAAGCCAGACAGCAGGAUGCCAGUGAGGAGGAGAUCAGGAGACACCUGGAGAAGAUGGUUUCUAGAGCAAGCGAUUGCUUUGAAGUGGAUCAGCUUCUGUACUUUGAGGAGCAGCUACAGGCUUCAGAAUCACAUCUUCAGCCGUAAAAGGUGUGUCAGUAACAGGGCUAGAAAAGGUAAGGGGGAGUGAAGGUGUCUUCUUCACGUCAGCCGGCAAGUAUGGGAGGUAUUUGGAGGAACCGCUGAAGGUAACGUAGUACAUAAGCAUGUGGGUAAACUCCAUCUGAGAAUCCACACCGCAGUGAGAAGUGCAUAACUGUGGUGCAGAAUACAGGGACAGGAAGAACAAGUGUUUGCUUGUCACUAUUCCUUGUUCAAAAGGACUGCAUUUAAUCUGUGUGACUUUCAAGUGAGCUGUGACAAUAAGUUCAUAAGUGUAUCUUUAUAUGGACAUGAGUGCUCAGAUAGACAGGUAUGUAUAUCCACAGAGGCAGAAAGAUGUCUGGCCAUCUACCAUGUGUGUGAAUGUAUAGAGGCAGAGGCAUGAGGCCUGAGCCGUGUCUCACUAUGUUAGAUAGGAAUCCUUACUGCAACUUCUGAGAGUUUUGGAUCAAAUUCAUUGUACGCAGACGGAACAAUAAACUGAUUAUUUU